CCCUCGCUUACACAGUAUGGCCGGCGACAUUAGCUAGCGCUCGCUCUAUGCUCUUCUCUGUAACGGGAAACAGCGGAGUACAUGAGACUGAACUGCAUCUGCCUCUAUAUCCAACACGGACUCGCAUCAACUUUCGCUCAAAAGGCAAAAAAAACAAAAACAAACCUCCGGGGAAAUUUAUUCUUUUUUUUUUUAAAGUUAAUAUAAAAAUCACAAGCUAGAAGAAAAAAAACAACACACCUCCUGAACUUUAGAGAAGCAGCAGGAACAAUCCGCAGCGGCGGGAGAAGAAGAGAUUUAAUUUAGUUGUUGAUUUUCUGUGGUUGUUGGUUGUUCGCUUGUCUCACGGUGAUGGAAGCUGCACACUUCUUCGAAGGGACCGAGAAGCUGCUGGAGGUUUGGUUCUCCCGGCAGCGGCAAGACGAAAGCAAAGGAUCCGGGGAUCUCCGCACCAUCCCAAGGUUUGAGUGGGACAAACUUUUGGAGAAUGUGCAUUGUUUGAUCAUAAGUGUGACAAAAACUGACAAGCAGGAAGCUUAUGUACUCAGUGAGAGUAGCAUGUUUGUCUCCAAGAGACGUUUCAUUUUGAAGACAUGUGGUACCACCCUCUUACUGCAAGCACUGGUUCCCCUGUUGGAGCUUGCUAGGGAGUACAGUGGGUUUGACUCAAUUCAGAGCUUCUUUUAUUCUCGUAAGAAUUUCAUGAAGCCUUCCCACCAGGAGUACCCCCACAGGAAUUUCCAGGAAGAAGUAGAAUUCCUCAAUGAAAUUUUCCCAAAUGGAGCAGCAUAUUGUAUGGGGCGUAUGAAUUCUGACUGCUGGUACUUGUACACUCUGGAUUUCCCAGAGAGUCGAGUGAUUAAUCAGCCAGAUCAGACACUGGAAAUUCUGAUGAGUGAGCUUGAGCCAGCAGUUAUGGACCAGUUCUACAUGAAAGAUGGUGUUACUGCAAAUGAUGUCACUCGUGUGAGUGGAAUUCGUGACCUGAUACCAGGUUCUGUCAUUGAUGCUACAAUGUUCAAUCCUUGUGGCUAUUCAAUGAAUGGGAUGAAAUCGGAUGGAACUUAUUGGACUAUUCACAUCACUCCAGAACCAGAGUUUUCUUAUGUUAGCUUUGAAACUAACAUAGGCCAAACCUCCUACGAUGAUCUAAUCAGGAAAGUCGUGGAAGUCUUCAAGCCAGGAAAAUUUGUGACCACCCUCUUUGUAAAUCAGAGCUCUAAAUGUCGCACAGUGUUUUCUUCUGCCCAAAAGAUUGAAGGGUUUAAACGUCUUGACCGCCAGAUUGCUCAAUUCAAUGAUUACAACUUCGUUUUUACCAGUUUUGCUAAGAAUCAGCAGCAACAGCAGAGUUGAUUAAGAAAAAUGAAGAAAAAACGCAAAAAGAGAACACAUAUAGAAGGUGGUGGCUGCUUUCUAGAUAAUGAAACAGGGGGCCAUGCUUUCCACACCCACCACCUUGUAGUUGGGGAAAUCCCUAGAUGUAAUCAUAGUAUAAUCAUUUUGAAUUGUAUGCAUUAUUAUAUCAAGGAGUUAGAUAUCUUGCAUGAAUGCUCUCUUCUGUGUUUAGGUAUUCUAUGCCACUCUUGCUGUGAAAUUGAAGUGCAUGUAGAAAAAACCUUUUACUGUUUGAGACUUUACAACACUUGUAAAAACGAUUCGAUUAGGAUUAUGUGCAGUGUAGUUUUUCUCCAGGUGUCGCCAAAAAUUCCCCACAGACAAGGCUUUCGUCCUCAUUAGAUGUUGGCCUCAGCCUACUCAUCUGGGACUGUUCUGUUAAAUUGCCAGACUUUUUUUUUUUUUUUUUUUGACGUGCGGUAACCCUCCAAUAUCUAGAAUACGGUUCUCUUUCACCAACUCAAAUUCUGGUUCUCACACACUGAAUCAUAGGUCCUGGACUUGAGGUGGUGUGAAACUUUUUUUCUCUCAGAAGAUGUUUCUCAAAGCAGUUAAUUGACUACUACAGCUGAUUGUGCUUUCUCUUAAGGAGUAGAAAAUUACUUUUCUCCCUGCUUCUAAAAUAGUCGUUUAAGGUUACUGAUUUUUUUUUUUCCCCUCUGAAAGUAAAGCAAUACACUAUUUCACUAUGGGUGGACACUUGCCUUUCACUUCUGAAAACCUGGGUUUGGAUCUUAAUUUAGGUCAAGCGAGUUUUAUACACCUGCAAGAGUCAGUUUGGUACCAGUGAGGAUAGGUCAAGGGUUGCGGCACGUUUGCAGAGCUCAGUUGUGGUUACGUGCGAGACUUUCACCGUGCCGUUCUGCUUUACUUGACUAUAACCAGUGCUACUAAAUCUUCACAGACUAAUUUAACUAAAAUUCUUUUUGGAAAAAAUGGCCAUUGAGAAGGGAGACAGCCAGAAAGGCUGUGGUAUUUACUUAGGUGAGCCAGUCAGCUUGGAUCCUUCACCAAAACAUCUCCAUUAGCCAUUUCUUUGUCUAAACAAUAUACUGUAAUCUGGUCCAACCGUGACUUCAUCUUUAUUGUCCCAAGCAGAAUCAAUGCCUUUUUAUCUUGUGACUGAAAGUCCUGUGAGCUUGUGGUGCAUGUGACUGUUACAACGUGUUUUGAUAGUGACUUCAUCUGUUUUUCCUCUUAACGUGGUGAUUCCUUUAACAUGAUUUGGUGGCAUCAAGUGAAUGACUGCAUUACAUGAGAAUUGUCUGGAUUAUCUAGACAGGCAAGGAGGUAGAAUGCUAUUCGUGGACAUAAGGCGUGUAAUUUGAACAGAGGCACUUAGUGGGUAUGGACUGAUAGUGCAGGCUUUCAAGAGUUGGCAUAUUUCCAGCUGCUUGCAGAUACAGUACUGCGAGAUUUUUAGCAGCUGAGACCACCAGAGUGAACUUCAAUUGAAUAUUUUCCUCUUGUCCUCUCAAUAUUGUUUUGACUAUUUCUGGAUUGAUGCAAUGGUGUUUUGUUCCUUCCGUAUUUAUAAACGAAACACCCUUUUUUAGUGUUUCUAAACUUAAAAUCUGCUUGGUGAGCAAUCAAGUGGUUGGAACACUGUUUUGACUUUUUUUAAGCAUGUUGUUGGUGGAAGGCUUCAUUUAAAGAAACUUUCUACCAGCAUGAUCAAUCUGCUUUUGUAACCUGUGAUACGGCACCUGUACCUGUCGGUGUCUGACAUUUUUUGAGGACCAAUACUUCCAAGCGGAUUUUGUUCUUGAACAGUGCCCCAAGAGAUUUGCUAUUUUUUGCUGUUGUUGGCUCGAGGUCUGGUUAAAAGACUCAAGAUCCCUUUCUGAGUUAAGUUUAAAAAUGCACAGAUUUAUAUUAAGUGUGAAAACCUAAUAAGCAUCUGAUAGAAAAAUGAAAGCUGUUGGAUAUUAAUCUAAAUAAAUCUAGUAUGAUCAGAAGAGGGGAAGUUUUGGUGUCAUAAUUUCCUCCCUUCAUGGUGUUGGACUUAAUCAAAAUGUAUUUUAAGAUAUCUGUACCACAAAACCUAACGCUUCAAUAAAAGUUUGCUUAAUUCAUUGUCGAGUGA